GGGUCUAAAGUUUUGUCCCACCCCUAUUGAAUUAGAUAUUUCAUCUGUUAAAAGAGAUAUUAAGGAAUUUGGUAGAAAACUAAAAUGUAAGGCAUCUUUCCAUUCCAACAUCGGUAUUGAACAGGAGGGGCAAACAUUUAGACAAUUUAGGGAAAAUUUAGAUCCAGCAAUUGAGCUUUAUCUUAGUAAAUUCGAAGAACGGGUUUUGGCUAUUAACGAACGGGGUAGUAAUUUUAGUAAUCUUUCCUCAGAGGAGCAAGAAGCACUUAAAAAUUUAAAGAAGUAUCGAAAUAUUGUUAUUAAGGAGGCAGAUAAGGGUGGGGCUGUAGUUGUGUGGGGAAGGAAGGAUUAUUACGAUGAAGCUUAUAAUCAUCUUAAUGAUCAGCGGGUAUAUGAGGUUACUCAGUCAGAUCCUUUGGAUAGGGUUAAUUCUUUAACAGAAAAAACGUUGGAUCCUUUGGUGCAUAAAGGAUAUAUAUCUUUGGCUAAUAGAAAAUAUCUAAUG